UGGUCUUCCCUCUUUCCUUUCAGGGACUCUGAAGGCAAAAGAAUUCAAAAAACGCUGCAUGCAGGUGAAGCUGACCCAGACUGAUGUCCGUGGGAGCGAGGACUGUCUCUACCUCAACAUCUGGGUCCCUCAAGGGAGGAGACAGAUCUCUACCAAGCUGCCUGUGAUGGUUUAUAUCUACGGUGGUGCCUUCCUGGUCGGAGGCAGCCAGGGAGCCAAUUUCCUGGACAACUACCUGUAUGAUGGGGAGGAGAUUGCCGUGAGGGGCAACGUCAUCGUGGUGACCAUCAACUACCGCCUGGGGCCGCUGGGAUUCCUGAGCACCGGGGAUGAAAACCUGCCAGGGAACUACGGGCUCAAGGACCAGCACAUGGCCAUUGCCUGGGUGAAGAGGAACAUCAAGGCCUUUGGGGGUGACCCAGACAACAUCACCAUCUUUGGGGAGUCGGCCGGUGCCGCCAGUGUCUCCCUGCAGACCCUGUCCCCAAAGAACAAGGGCCUGUUCAAGAGAGCCAUCAGCCAGAGCGGUGUCGGGGUGUGCAGCUGGGCCAUCCAGAGGGACCCGCUCGUCUGGGCCAAGAAGGUAUUGUGCAAGUUGUGCCUGGAAAAUGAUAAAAUGAGAAAAAGGAAUUCUUUAGAGGAGGGCAUGGUUAGGAAGGGAUUGGGCAGCAGCUGUGGCCAACGGGGCUGUGGAAAUUUGCUGCUUUGAGACUAAAAUCAACCCACAGCUCUGU